CCUGCUUACACAACAAAGUGUACCGAGACCAAGAGAAGUAAACAGCAGCAUACUAGAUCUUGAUUCCCCGUGUGACAAGUUCAGCGCAGCGCAAGAUGGAGUACCAGGGACAGCAGCAGCGCGGCCGCGUCGACGAGUACGGCAACCCGGUGGCCGGACAUGGCGUCGGCACCGGCGCGGCCGCCGGUGGGCAUUUCCAGCCCAUGAGGGACGAGCACCAGACUGGCCGUGGGAUCCUGCACCGCUCCGGCAGCUCCAGCUCCAGCUCGUCCGAGGACGAUGGCAUGGGCGGGAGGAGGAAGAAGGGCAUCAAGGAGAAGAUCAAGGAGAAGCUCCCUGGUGGCCACGGUGACCAGCAGAACACCGGUGGCACCUACGGACAGCAGGGUACCGGCAUGGCCGGCACCGGCGGCACCUACGGGCAGCAGGGUCACACUGGGAUGACCGGCACCGGUGGCACCUACGGACAGCAAGGCCACACUGGGAUGGCCGGCACCGGCGGCGCCUACGGGCAGCAGGGUCACACUGGGAUGACCGGCACCGGCGGCACCUACGGACAGCAAGGCCACACUGGGAUGGCCGGCACCGGGGCACAUGGCACCACGGCCACCGGCGGCACCUACGGGCAGCAGGGUCACGCCGGGAUGACAGGCACAGGGGCGCACGGCACCGGCGGCGGCUACGGGCAGCACGGCACUGACACCGGCGAGAAGAAGGGCAUCAUGGACAAGAUCAAGGAGAAGCUCCCAGGCCAGCACUGAGCGCUGAGCAGAGCCCGCGGCCGCCACUUCUGAGAGUGGAGGUGCCGGUCGACCACCUUUGCAGAAUCAAUAAUAACAUGGCGAUACAAUAAAAUUCCACCAUACAACGUGAGCCUGGUUCACCGAGCUCACUUGCGUGUUGGAGGAGCCACUGUAUCUAGGCUCAAGUUUACGUGAACAAACAGUGUUGUUUGUUUUGAGUUUCUCGUCUGUUUACACUGUUUAAUCUUGUAAAUUUCCUUCUGGUUAAACCGUGUAUGUAUGCUUCGCGUACAGGUAAGUUAUUUUAUCAAAAAUAUAUACUCCUAUAAUA